GUUCCUUCCGAUCUCUCAGAGGCUUCCUCAGAGCACAGAUGGAUGAGCAAGACCCAGCUGGCCCUGAAGCAGGAAGAGGCCAUGCCAACCAAACUGGGAGCAGUGGGGGAUUCUGGGAAAACUCUGUGCUGAAGAUCCUGGGUGAGGAGGACACCCUCCGCUCAGAGGUGCAGAGCCAGCAGGUGAGGCAGUUCUGCUGCCAGGAGGCCAAAGGACCCCGAGAGGUUUGCAGCCGACUCUACCACCUUGACCAUCAGUGGCUGAAACCAGAAAGGCACACGAAAGCUGAGAUGCUGGACCUGGUGAUCUUGGAGCAGUUCCUGGCUGUCCUUCCACCAGAGAUGGAGAUCUGGGUGAGGGAGUGUGGAGCGGAGACCAGUUCCCAGGCGGUGGCCCUGGCUGAAGGUUUCCUCCUGAGUCAGGCAGAGGAGAGAAAGCAGGAAAAGGAUCGUUUUGAGGAAAUGGACCUGGAUUCCUGUGAGGCAGAGAGGCCUCCGUUGGACACCAGAGAGAGGCCACUGGGUGACAGAAUGAUGCCGGCAAAACCUCCUGAUCCGCCUUUUCAUGGGGGCAGAAGGGAAGCAGCAGCUGUGGAACCAGAUCAGGGCCCAGUGUGCUUUGAAGAUGUCGCUGUUUGUUUCACGGACGAGGAGUGGGCGUUGCUGGAUCCUGACCAGAGAGCUCUGCAUAAGGACGUCAUGGAGGAGAAUCGUGGGAUCGUGGCCUCUCUUGAUUGUGAUGAAUUGGAAAUCGAGAACAAAGGUGAGCAUGACAAAAUCCCCAGAGAGGAGAAGCCAUGCAAAAAUUUGGAGUGUGGAGACAGAUACCCUCAGAGCUCCAAUCUCACCAAGCAUCAGAGAAUUCAUACAGGAGACAAACCCUAUCAGUGUUGGGAAUGUGGAAAGAGCUUCAGGACGAGCUCCCAUCUCACUUCCCAUCGAAGAAUUCAUACAGGGGAGAAACCCUAUCAGUGUUGGGAAUGUGGAAAGAGCUUCAGGACGAGCUGCCAUCUCACUAAGCAUCAGAGAAUUCAUACAGGGGAGAAACCCUAUCAGUGUGGGGAAUGUGGAAAGAGCUUCAGUCACAGUUCUGAUGUCACUAAGCAUCAGAAACUUCAUACAGGGGAGAAACCCUAUCAGUGCAUGGAAUGUGGGAAGAGCUUCAGUAGCAGCUCCAAUCUCAUUUCCCAUCAGAGAAUUCAUACAGGGGAGAAACCCUAUCAGUGUUGGGAAUGUGGAAAGAGCUUCAGGACGAGCUCCCAUCUCACUAAGCAUCAGAGAAUUCAUACAGGGGAGAAACCCUAUCAGUGUGGGGAAUGUGGAAAGAGCUUCAAUCAGAGCUCCAAUCUCAAUUCCCAUCAGAGAAUCCAUACAGGAGAGAAACCCUAUCAGUGCAUGGAAUGUGGAAAGAGCUUCAGUCACAGCUCUGCUGUCACUAAGCAUCAGAGAAUUCAUACAAGAAAUAAACACUAUCAGUGUGGGGAAUGUGGAAAGAGCUUCAGGAAUAGCUCCCAUCUGACUUCUCAUCAAAGAAUUCAUACAGGGGAGAAACCCUAUCAGUGCAUGGAAUGUGGAAAGAGCUUCAGUCAGAGCUCCAAUCUCAAUUCCCAUCAAGGAAUUCAUACAGGGGAGAAACCCUUAAUUCUAUAGCUUUAGGAGCCAGGCAAAUCCGCACCUUGUUAACCAGGCCUUUGGCUGAGUGACAUCUAAGGCCCUUUUAAAAUGUGGUGGGGAGUUGAGUUACUGAUGUGGAUUUUGUGUUUUUAUGUUGUAACUGUCCUGAGACAUGUGGGAACAGGAGUCAACACCUAGAGGCCAAGGGGUUUUUGCCCCCCAAUGAUAUAUUUGAGGGGGCCGCCACCCCAGUUGAUAGGCAUUGCCAUUCCAAUGCCCUGCAUGCGUCAUGUGAUUGAUUGUGCAAGGCACGCCUUACCUGGCCCCUUCCUCCAAUAUUUUAUGCAAGUUGGCACCACUGCGUCGAGUGGUAUACAAAUUAAAUAAAUACAUAAAUCACCUUCCUUUGCACAUGUUUCAGCCUGUCAAUAUCCUUAUUCAUUAUCAUUUUUAAUAUUUAUGUGCUUUUCAUCUGAAGAUUUCACAACAGAAACAUACAAGAUAAAAGCAUGGCUUUCUCAAAAACAAGAAAAGCCAGAGAAAUCUCUCCUCCCCUUUUUUUGGAUGGAGUUACAAACUUUGUUGACCAGGGAACAGCUGUGGAAAUAGUGCAUCUUGAUUUCAGUAAGGCUUUUGACAAAGUACCCCAUAAUAUUUUUGCGAUUAAGCUUCUAAAAUGUGGGCUGAAUGAGGAAACUGUUAGGUGGAUUUGACUAACCGAAUCCAAAAAGUCCUCCUCCAUGGUUCCUCAUUAUCCUGGGGAAAAGUGACAGGAGGGGUGCUGCAGGGUUCUGUCCUGGGCCCCUUGUUGUUCAACGUCUUUAUGAGCGACUUGGAUGAAGGAACUGAGGGGGUGCUCAUCCCAUUUGCCGAUGACACCAAACGGGGAGCGGAGGCCAAUGUGGCAGAAGGCAGAAUGAAGCAACCAGAAGUCACCUCAACCCGAUGGACAGGUGACCCCUCCUCCUUUUCCUCUCCCCCCAAGCCAUCAAUACAGCUAACACAAUCAAUAUUCCCCCCAGCCUCACACCUCCACAGAGAUCCCCACCCAACACCAGUCCAG